CUGACGACGUACACAUCUCAAAUUCUGCCUCUCGUUGUAAUCUGCAACGUUGGUUCUCACAGGUAUUUUGUUACUCUUUUUUGCGCUUUUUUGCUUGGCUUCCCCAAGUCCCAACAAACCGACCGAAUCAAACUCCCCCUACCCCAUCUCUCUCUCACUCGCAAGCGCACAUUUCCCUCUUUUGAGAAUCUUCAACCGUGUAACAGCUCUCAAUUGAAUAUUGACCCCCAAGUUCCCAACUUUUCUCUUCAAUUCUUCCACCUCUCUCUGCAAAAGUUUUUUCACCAUAACAGCCAAAAGUUUUCUGUUUCUGGUUUCCCGGCGAUACCAAAAGCGGUUUUCCGGCGUUCCCAGAUGGAGAAAGAGCCUCUGCUUCCCUAUGUAGGCAGCCCGAGAAGAAAGCUCUCACCUUUACACACUCUCUGUCCGCUACCAGAAGAUAAUGAAUUCACUGCCCCUUUAACCCCUUCAGAGUUCAAAGACCGUAUCAUCUUUGGCCCUUCCCCCUCAUCACCACAAGACUCUUCUCCUCUAGUUGAUGCCUUGACUCUGCCUUACAGUUCACCAAGAGCCUCAAGGCCUCCUUCCUCUUCUUCUUUAUUAGACGCCAUAGCCACAACCCCAAAAGACCCACAACCUCAACAACCCCUGCAAUCUUGGCUCAUUGACCCCAACUAUUCAUGGACCAAAACCAACCUCCAUCGCUCCAAAACUGCACCUGCUAUGGCUGUUAUAAAUGAUGUGGAAAACCGGCGUUCUGAUCCUAGACCCCAAUUUGGUUCACAGUCUAUUGUAAGACAAGCUUUUAUUCUUCUUGUUAUAUAUUUGUCAUUGGGUGUGACUAUAUAUUGGUUUAACCGUCAUCAUUUCUCGGCAAUUGAGACACACCCGGUAGUUGAUGCAUUGUACUUUUGUAUUGUGACAAUGUGCACAAUUGGUUAUGGAGAUAUUACACCCACUAGUACGGCAACCAAGUUGUUUUCUAUAAUGUUUGUGUUGGUGGGGUUUGGAUUUAUUGAUAUUUUGCUUAGUGGGAUGGUCAGUUAUGUGCUGGAUUUGCAAGAGAAUUAUUUGCUAAGGAGUCUUAAGGGUGUGGGUGAGAAAAAGGAGUCCUACAUAUUUGAUGUCAAGAAGGGGAGGAUGAGGAUUAGAAUGAAGGUAGGAUUGGCAUUGGGAGUUGUGGUGCUAUGUAUUGGGAUUGGUGUUGGUGUUAUGCAUUUUGUGGAAAGGCUUGGAUGGUUGGAUUCAUUUUAUCUUUCGGUUAUGUCAGUUACCACCGUUGGGUAUGGUGACCGCGCUUUCCAGUCUUUGUCGGGUCGCAUCUUUGCUUCAAUUUGGUUGCUUGUAUCGACGCUUGCGGUUGCUCGAGCAUUUCUGUAUUUAGCUGAGGCAAGGGUGGAUAAACGGCAUAGGAUAAUGGCAAAGUGGGUUCUUGGUCAGGACAUGACUGUUUCUGAGUUUCUUGCUGCUGACAUUGACAAUAAUGGCUUUGUGAGUAAGUCAGAAUAUGUCAUAUACAAACUCAAGGAGAUGGGAAAGGUAUCAGAGAAAGAUGUUAUGCAGAUCUGCACCCAAUUUGAUAGGCUAGACUCUGGGAACUGUGGAAAGAUAACCCUUGCGGAUCUUAUGAGUCGUCAUUGAUAUCCAAGUAGCUUUUUGUCCUUUUCAUCAUUAUACAUCAAGGCAAGCAAAUAGCAAAUAUCUUUAAACAUGAAGUAUGAUAAGCCUGAUCUUAUGGAGAGCAUUGUUCAUAUCCAAGUUGCAUACAAUCCACAUGAAGUAUGAACUUUGCUGCCUGAUCUGUUGGUCCUCAUACCCAUGCAUCCUCAUUCCCAUCAAAUAAAUCUUCCAUAUUUUAGGCAUAGAUGCAUGAUACUUGUGGACGCACAUGGAUGCAUUUCCUGCUAAAGUAUACAAUUUUACAAACCAGUCAACAACAAGGUCAUUGACAUAUUCCGCGAAAUACCGGUGAUGGGAGAACUAAGCUGAUAGAGGGCACUUUUGACUUAACACAAACUAAUUGACAAUACAGACUAGUUGUAUUUCUUCUCUUUCAGAAAUGAAGAUAAUCUCAGAAAAUAACAAUAUUUUACUUUUUGCUCAGAGUUGGAGACCCUUUUUGUGGCUUCAGAAUGUAAAUGGUUGUAAAUUAGUAUGAAUGAAGGUGAAGCACUUUGACUA